CUAAACCCAAAAUCGCGUACAAUACGCGGACUUGGCAACUCUGUCUUUGAGUCUUUACCGUCAUAUUUAUAGCCCAACUCUGCCUAAAUAGAAGCGCCGUGAUGACGCACCUCAAAUGCAAAUACCUGUGUCGACAGAGCAAACAACGCACCUGACACUUCCCAGGGGAUUUGACUCAGGGAAGGCCGAAGUCUGUCUAUUGUUCUAGCGCUUACACUGCUAUGGCUGGACCACUCCCUGCAGUGACUGUGAAGUGAGGUUUCGCAUAUCCCGCCCUCACUGGAGUGAUACACAACGCCCCAUCUAUUGGGAAAACCACCUCGCCUGUUGUGGCAAACGGACAGUUUAUACCGGCCAACACCAUUUGUGGAUUUAUGUAAAAGUGUCAGAAGCUCAGGAGAGCGAGGGGACGUUAAUUUCACAGACGAGCUACCGGGUUCACCUGUACAGCCAUGAAGGUUUUUUUCCUGCUUGCCACAUUGCUGUGGUGUUUAGCAUCGAGUUUCUCAUGGGCAGCUAAGAUUGUGGUAGUUCCUCCAAUUAUGUUUGAGAGCCACCUGUAUAUAUUUAAGACCCUGGCCUCUGCUCUUCACGCUGAGGGCCAUGACACAGUCUUCCUGAUCUCCGAAGGUCGUGAAGUCCCACCUUCCAACCAUUAUCGUCUCCAGCGCUACCCUGGAAUCUUUAACAGCACCUCAGCCGAUGACUUUCUCCAGUCAAAAGUUCACAACAUCUUCUCAGGGCGUCUCACAGCACUGGAGCUUUUUGAUAUCCUGGACCAUUAUUCUCAAAACUGCGAUGCUGUUGUUGGGAGUGCUUCUGUCAUGGAGCAGCUAAAACGUGAACAGUUUGACCUCCUGCUCGUUGAUCCCAAUGAAAUGUGUGGAUUUGUCAUAGCUCACAUUCUGGGUAUUCAAUACGCAGUGUUCAGCACAGGACUGUGGUACCCUGCGGAAGUUGGGGCACCAGCACCCCUAUCUUAUGUCCCAGAAUUUAACUCUCUAUUAACAGACCGUAUGUCAUUGUUCCAACGGGUAGCUAACACAGCAGUGUACCUGGUUUCCAGAUUUGGGGUCCAGUUCCUGGUUCUACCCAAAUAUGAUCGCAUCAUGAGGAAAUACAACAUCCAGCCAUCUGUGUCCAUGCAUGAUCUGGUUCAGAACAGUCGACUUUGGAUGCUGUGUACUGACAUGGCGCUUGAGUUCCCACGACCCACUCUGCCACAUGUUGUCUAUGUAGGUGGCAUCCUCACCAAACCCCCCAGCCCCUUGUCACAGGAGUUUGAAGCCUGGGUGAAGGAUACAGAUGAACAUGGUUUCGUAGUGGUGUCAUUUGGUGCAGGAGUGAAGUAUCUGUCAGAGGACAUUGCUCAGAAACUUGCAGGAGCCUUGAGUCGUCUUCCGCAGAGAGUCAUCUGGAGGUUCUCUGGAGUUCCUCCCUCCAAUCUGGGCAACAAUACUAAACUAGUGGACUGGAUGCCACAGAAUGACCUGUUGGGCCACACAAACACACGGGCCUUCUUGAGCCACGGGGGCUUGAACAGCAUCUAUGAGGCCAUGUAUCAUGGCGUUCCCGUGGUGGGUGUGCCGCUGUUUGGAGAUCACUAUGACACCAUGACACGAGUACAGGCCAAAGGCAUGGGCAUAAUGCUUGAGUGGAAAAGAAUGAGUGAAGAAGACCUUUAUACUGCCAUGGUUAAUGUUAUAACAGACAAAAGGUAUCGUGAGCGAGCACAGUUGUUGUCUCAGAUUCAUAAAGAUCAGCCUGGUCAUCCAGUGAGUCGGGCAGUUUAUUGGAUAAGCUAUAUACUCCGUCACCGUGGCGUCGAACACCUCCGCUCUGCAGUCUAUGAGAUCCCAACCUACCAGUACUUUUUAUUAGAUGUCGCUGUGGUGAUAGGAGUGUGCAUGCUUCUACUUGGCUACUUGCUAUACCGAAUAGGCAAGUGCAUCCAAUCACGAUUGGGGCGAAGUUCAUCUCCAGUGGAGAAGGUGAACGGACACUGUCAUAAUGGAAUUCCAAAUGGCAAGCACAAAAGAAAUGGCCAUGUUAAAAAUAUUGAGAAAAAACUAAAGUAAAGCACUAGGAGAAAUCAACACUAACGCUUCACUAAAGAGAGGAAUUAACUACUCUUCACUCAAAGCAGGGCCUAUCCAGGAAAUAAAUACAUGGGUCAAUAAAGAAACAAACCAACCAUGAUAACAACAAACUGUAAGUGGGAAGCCAAAGUAAGGAAGAAUGGAAGGAAUCCAGAAAACAUAUAUGGAAAGCUUCUGUGGACGUUGUUUUCCCUGUUGAUUGAAGUUAAUGUUCAGUUGUGGUCCUGAAUGUUAAGUUUAUACAUGUGGAAAAAGAAAUGGUUUAGAAAUGUAUGUUUUAAACAAGAGGCUAUCAAGCUAUGGGGCAUCAGGUUUUACUACAUCCAAAUACAUAGAUCUAUUUAUAUAAAUUUCAUAAAUUUUGUUCACAGAAAACAGUUGACUGUUGUGCACUGAAUUCAAUGCAUAUUCUAUAUUUAUGUUUUACGCACUCCGUUCCUACUUUGUUUUAAUUUCUUCAGAAAGACGUUAGCAAGCUAGCAUAUUUGCUAGGGUUUAUGUUGCCAGCCUUGCCUUAAUCUUUAAUAUGCUUUUCGUUUUGCUAACAUUACAACCAGAACUAGCUAAUGCUGCUAGUUAUGCUAACUAUAGAAAAUGCUAGAGAUUUUGUUAGGUAUGUUAAACUUUAAAUCUUCUAUUUACAAUAAGUUUGGAAUGCUAGGAACCAGUAUACUUUUAUACUAACAGUCUUAAGAGCAUCUUAGCCAUUUUCCUGUUUUGUUUUUAGCAAUUUAAAUUAAUUUUAGCUAAUUAAUUAAUAGCAAAACUGUAGUUUCUCUUCAGACAAGCUGAAAUCCCUUCACACUAUCCUCGUGUUGACAGAUAUGGGUUCAAAUGAGUCAAUUUUACCCAUUGUGUUGCAUCAUGGAUGUUUAGGAUUUGAAGUAACAAUUUUUCCUUACUGCAGUCAUCUAUAUUGAAAUGUUUAUUUUAUUAAGCAAAUCAUGCUUAGGAGGAUUUUUUUUUUUUUUUUAAACGGGGUGGGGGAGAGGGGUUGGAUUUACAGUAGUUUUUAUGUGUGAGUGCCUGUGUGUCUUGAAAUGUCCCAAACAAACCAUCAUUUUUAUUAGAACCUUCAUUGGACGUGUGUUGUUAUCAAAGCAAAAGAUUGUUUGCUGACAUGUUCCCACAAAUCAGUAGUCCUAGAGUGACCUGGAGGAUUUGGUACUGUAAUGAUUGUUUCCCAUGGUGCUCUACUGGUUCUUUUAACCUUCAGCCAUUUUCAUUACCAUAUUUUGGUAACAUGUCAAUCUAACAUUAAGUUGUGUAACUUUUCACCAGUUUUUUUGCGGUGGCAAUAAACUGUACUUCUGUCAAUUA